CUUAGAUAAUUAAGAUCCAAACCCCUUUUUUUUUUCUUCUUUUUUUUUUUUUUUUGUUGCAGAGAAACUAAUCAAAUUAGGAGAGGGAGUUGAUAGUGUCAGCUAACGGAUCUAAAUCAUAUAGAAUUGAACCGUGUUGAAUUCAAUGAUUAAUUCGUAAACGAGGGAAGAAAGAAGAUGAACAACGAAGAAAAAGAAAAAUUACGACACCUUUUGUACACAAAUGUUAGGAUAGGGAAUUGGAAGAAAGUGAUAAAGAAAUGUGGAGAACAUGUAGAAGGUUUGGCUUUGAUGCUGACCCAUGGAAACAACACGACGUUGCAUUUGGCUGCAUAUGACAAAAAAGUAAAAGUAGUUGAAAGGUUAGUGAGAACGAUUUGUAUGUUUGAAAGAAAGGACAUUCUUAAGAUUAGAAAUGAAAGAGGGGACACUCCUCUUCAUGUGGCUGCGUUAGUGGGAUGUGCUAGAAUGUGUCGCAUCAUUGGUUCGGUAGAUGAGAAAUUAGUUGAUGAGAGGAACAAAGACGGUGAAACUCCGCUCUUCGUGGCGGCCCUCCAUGACCACAAGAAUGCGUUUUAUUGUCUUUAUAACUUCUGUAAAAUGGACCAAAAUCGAUUUGAGAGUAAUAGCAGGAGGCAGAUUGAUGGAGAUACCAUUCUUCAUUGUAUUCUCAAAAACGAGCAACUUGAUUUGGCAUUUGAUAUAAUUCACGACAACAACGGGGCUGCUAGCUGGGUAGAUGAAGAAGGCAACACACCUCUACAUAUUCUUGCAACUAAACCAUCUGCAUUCAAAAGUGGGGUGUACCUCACUGGAUGGAAAUACAUCUGCUAUCGAUGUAUUUGUGUGGAUAAACUGAAGCCCAAAUCAGCAUCAACCCAUCGCCAAGCAAAGAAGUCCAUGGAACAAAAUAAAGCUACUUCUUCUUUUCCAAAUAACUACGCCACUUGCAUUGCUUUCUUUACAUAUUUGUGGAAUGGAAUUUUAGUGGUGAUUACUUCUAAACAAAAAUCGGAGAAGAAGAAGGAAGAAGCAGUGGACCUACGCAACUACAAUAAUGCAGCUAAGGAUAGCACAGAUCUUGAAAAAAACGGGGACGAAGGAAUUGAAAUUAUAGAAACCCAUGAAUCUGCAGACUCUCCCUUCAAUACUCAACUUCUCAAACCACCUGGUGGUCAUCAAUCCGAUAUGAGGCCCCCGAGUUCCAUUUUUCCAGAAAAUUAUGAUACCUGCAUCAACAUUUUUCAAAUGAUUUUCAUGGCAAUCAUGAUCAUUCUGGGACUCGGGUUUCAUAAAAUUAAAAAGCUAAAAAAGCAGAAACAGAAACAUACUUGGUCAAUUCAAGUGAUGGAGAAACUUCUAGAAUUGGCUCUGCCCGAUAAGUAUAAUGGAGAUUCUCCCAGGCCAUCCAACGUAGACAAUGACCAAACCCAUCCUUAUACUAUAAAAGAAGGUUACAUUGAGUUCAGUGACUCCAUCAGCAACCCUCUUGCCCCAGUUAAAGUGAAGAGAAAUGCAAAAGACACGGCGAUUUUAUUAGCAGCAAAGUAUGGGGUGGUGGAGAUGGUUAGCACAAUUUUCCAACAAUCUCCAUUCGCGAUUCACGAUAGUGACCAAGACAAGAAGAAUAUCGUUCUUUUGGCUGCAGAGUAUAGACAACCAGAUGUGUACAAUUUUUUAUUAAAACAAAAUACUGGGAAGCUUGAAACCCUAUUUCGAGCGGUGGAUAAAAAUGGUGACAGUGCCUUGCACCUAGCCGCUCGCUUCCAAACUCACAAGUCUUGGCACGUCACUGGAGUCGCCUUACAAAUGCUGUGGGAAGCUAAAUGGUAUCAGUAUGUAAGAAAUUCAGUGCAUCACAAUUUCUUUGUCCAAUACAACAACGACGGAAUGCUUGCGAAAAAAAUCUUCCACAACACCCACCAGGAUCUAGCGAAAGCUGCUGCAGAGUGGCUGUUCAUGACCUCUAAGUCUUGUUCUGUACUCGCUACGUUGGUGGUGUCGGUGGCGUAUGCUUCGGCCACCACCGUCCCUGGUGGCAAUGGUGACAAUGGCACCCCUCCAUUUGAAAAGGAGAUAGGAUUUUUUAUCUUUACCGUAGCUUCCCCCAUUGCCCUUUGCCUCUCCACAACUUCAUUGAUCAUGUUUCUUGCAAUUCUAACUUCGAGAUUUGAUGAAGAACAGUUUAGUUCGGAUUUGCCUUGGAAACUUCUCAUGGGAUUCUCCUCACUUUUCUUCUCCAUCAUCGCCAUGUUGGUUUCAUUUUGUGCCAGCCACAACUUUUUGCUCGGUCCUCACAUUCAUAAUGUGGCAGUUGUCGUCUACCUUGCAGCUUCUCUCCCUGCCGCAUUAGUUUUUAUUAUAGUGGAACUCCCUCUUUACUUUGAUCUAUUCUUUGCAUUCUCAGUAAAACAUCUUAGAAGAAGAAAGGAAAUCGUUAAAAUUGAUGCAUCGUCCUAGUUUUUGGUUGUGUGUGCGUGUUUUCUCUUUUUCUUUCUUUUUCUACGGGGACUGUGUUUGGUUUUGUUUGUAAUAGACGAAUGUAAAUCAUCUGUUCUUCAACUCACUCUAAUCAUAUAGCAAAUGAAAGAUAAAAAUAUAUGCAUAUUUAAAAAAAAAAAAAA